GCAGUUUGUGGGGGAAGCAAUACAGAGCACUGUGGAGAAGCUCAAAACACAGAAAAUGAAAACAACCAGUUGAGAAACAGCUUUUCUAAAGACACUGUAGGAUCUAGUCCAAACAUCAGCAUCAGUAGGCCUCUAUAGUAGCAUGUUGCUGGGUCAGGGGUUUGAACAAUGGAGCUAGAGAUUCUUUAGGUUUUGACAGGUAUAAAAGCAAGGGUUAAACCAGGGAGGAAGUCAGUUCAGGAACAGCAUCCAGCAAAACAGUGACCAAACAUGAACAUGGGCAGGAUCACCUUCUACGAGGAGAGGAACUUCCAGGGUCGUUCCUAUGAUUGCACCAGCGACUGUAGUGAUAUGAGCUCCUACCUGAGCAGGUGUCAGUCCUGCAGGGUUGAGAGUGGCUGUUGGAUGGUCUAUGAGCGCAACAACUACAUGGGAAACCAGUACUUUCUGAAGAGGGGCGAGUACUCUGACUUCACGCAGCACUUUGGAAUGAGUGACAGCAUCAGGUCCUGCCGCAUGAUCCCCAUGUACAGAGGAAACUACAGGAUGAGGAUCUACGAGAGAGAGAGCUUCGGAGGUCAGAUGCACGAGAUGAUGGACGACUGUGAGUCCAUCAUGGAUCGUUACCGCAUGUCCAGCUGUAUGUCCUGCAACGUGAUGGAGGGUCACUGGCUGAUGUACGAGCAGCCCCACUUCAGAGGCAAGAUGAUGUACAUGAGGCCUGGAGAGUACAGGAACUUCAGCAUGGGUGGAAUGAGUGGCAUGAAGUUCUUGAGCAUGAAGCGUAUCAUGGAGUCCUGGUUCUAAAUAUUGCUUGAGGUUCUCCCUUCAGAAGAAAAGGCUUUUAAUUUAUUCAAUUUCAUAAAAUAAAAUAAUUCACUAAC